CUGUCGCUGGUCCGGCCUGGGUGAGCGCUGCGUGUCACGCGGGCACAGGAGCCGGCCGAGACGGCCCGGCGGGCCAGAGAGGGAGCAUGGCGUUCUCGGCGGCGCGCUUGGUGCUGGUGCUCCUGGCCGGGGACUUGGCAGCCUCUUUGGACUCCCUGAGCUCUGAGUUUGGCCAAACUUCAGAAUUCAGAACACCAAACUGCAAUCAGUAUAAAUUACCAGGAUGUCCCAGAGACUUUAGCCCCGUGUGUGGAAGCGACAUGUCCACUUAUCCUAAUGAGUGUACUCUGUGCAUGAAAAUCAGGGAAAGUGGUCAUGACAUUAAAGUAAUCCGGAGUGGACCGUGUUGAUGGAGCAGUUUAUAGAAGAGAACUUGGAGAAACCACCUUCAACAGUAUGCUAGAUGAAUUCCAUUUUCCCUUUUUCUCUUUCCUAUGUUCCUUUGCAUGGGAUUUGUUAGCCCACAUUUUCUGAGAGGAGGUGUGGAAGAGAGCUAUGUGCAGAGAUUGAUAAUUAAAACAAACACACACAAAAAAAAUCCUUGUUUCUUUGCUUUUGCCCCUUGAGUUAAGUUUAUUGCCCAGGUGACUUGUGUCUUGCUUUCUUUAUCUGGAAUAAAAUCAGCAUUGUAUUCAA